AAACACAGCACACAUAAAACACAACACACAUAAAACACACACACUUUUUGGUUUUGGUUUUGGUUUCUCUCUUCUCUCUCUCUUUUCCCCCAUUUUCUACUUGUGUGAGAAUUGAGAUUGAGAUAGAAUAGAUCAAUUCAUUCAAACCCAAAUUUUUCAUUCAACUUUUUAUGUUUAUUUAAUUUAAUCACUUUUUUUUUUAAUUAUUGUCACCAAUUAAUUAAUAAUUCACUGACCCUUUUGCUCUUUGUUCCAAAUCCUUAAAUUUUCUUCAUUGCCCAUUAUUUAUCUCUCAUAAAGUUUGCGACUUUUUUUUGUGUGUUUUUGAAAGAUGAGUGGUGGUGGGUUUAGGGCUUCCUCAAUUCCCAACAGUGUGAGGAAGACGAUCCAGAACAUUAGGGAAAUUACUGGGAAUCAUAGUGAUGAAGAUAUCUAUGCAAUGCUUAAGGAAUGUUCUAUGGAUCCUAAUGAAACCGCUCAAAAGCUCCUUCUUCAGGACACAUUUCAUGAAGUCAAAAGAAAGAGAGACAGAAGAAAGGAGAAUCUCAACAACAGAGAACAUGUGGAACCACGUGGGAGACCUGGCUCCCUCGGACGGGGGCUUAGGGGUGGUCGAGGAAAUUUCUCAUCUCAUAAUAUAUCUCAUGAUGCCAGUGGAAGAAAGACUCAGAUUGCAGGAAAAGAUAAUGGAGCUCGCCUAGCUUCUGAGAAAGUUGUGCCAAAUUUAUCAGCUUCUCAAGAGAUAAUAUCUAAAGGGAAAAGUUCUGGAACAAGCUCUGCGCCUAUUAUUGCCAAUGGUCCUACAAAUGCGGCUUCUGGAACUAUUAGUGGUGUGACUCCUCCCCCUUCCUCUGGAGACAUAAUGGUUCAAUCUUCUGGCAAUAAUAAUAAUGUGGAUAGUGCUUCACCUUCCGAUAAUUCAAAUAAAGUUGCAACGGUCACUUCUGGAACUGGCUCAUCGCUUUCUUCCAGUAACCACUCCGGGCUUGGGCCAGCAUCUUCAGCGGCUGCUUACUUCUCUUCUUCUGAUCCGGUACUGGUUCCAUCUGAUAAUUCAUGGUUUCCUGGUGCUGUUAGUGCAAUUAGACGCGAAGUGGGAAAUCAACCCUCUCUUGGGGAAAUAAAUGCUGUUAACUCUGUCAAGAACAAAUUAACUACUGCUUCUGAGACCGGUAGCUCUACUGUGCAUGGAAAGAUUCAAGGUAAAUCACAAGGAGUGGCCAAGAAUCACAGCAAUGAGAUGCCGUCUCCAUCAUCAUCAGUAACUCAUGGCAGCCCUUCAGUUAGUCGCCCUUCCUCUAAUUACAAUAACCGGUCGCAACAACUAGUUGGCUCUCAGAAAGCUGGUUCUAAUAAGGAAUGGAAGCCAAAGCCGACAACUACAUUGAAUCAGAAUUCUGGACCUGCUAGUGCAUCUGAGGCUCCUCCUGUUUCAGCUGAAGUAACUAAGCAGUCACAAUCUUCGUCUAAUGCCCUUGACAUCCAAGAAGCUACUUCAAAACUGCAGAGGAAACUUGAGGAAUUUCAUAUCCCGCAGCGUCAACAUGUUAUACUUCCAAAUCAUAUCAUAGUACCCGAUUCUGAGAAGAAAAAGUUUUGCUUUGGAAGUUUGGGAAUCAAUUUUGGAGUUAAUACAACAAGCUAUAUUAGUGGACCAGAUAGUGAAAAGAGUUCCACCCAACUUUCUGAAACGUCUCAGGAUAUUGAAGAAACUGUGGAGGAGCAGAACUCAAGUCAAAAUGGUGCGGUUACGUCUGAGGCAGGAGAUUAUCCUGACCAUCCACAAUCACCCGAUAACGUACCUGUGAAUUUAGAAUCCAGCGAGGUUGAUGGGUCAUCCAGUGCUAUUCAGGAGUAUAACGAGUCCACCAAGCAAGACACUGUUUUUCCGUCUGAAGGUCAUCAGUAUCCAGGGGUGCAUAUUUCUCCAAACUACAGUUAUGGUUUUGUGCCCCCAAUGUUGGGUACUCAGCUCACGCCAUUUGACAAUUCUGAGUCUCAGACAUGUGACAUUUCUCGGAUUCCAAGCUUUAUUGUCCAUCCUCAAUUAGAUCCAGCUGGUUAUUAUGCCCAGUUUUACCGAUCAGGUGCUGAUAGUGACGGCCGCCUUUCUCCUUUUGCUUCUUCCGGGUCUACUGCUAAGUACAAUGGCAAUAUUGCGGUGCUGCCUACGCCAAAUUCUCAAUCUCAUCAAGAGGGAGGUAUCUUGUCCACAGCAGGCCAAACACCGCUUGUGACUCAACCUGCUGGACUGAUGCAAAGCUCAAUAGCUGUAACUCAGCAGCCCGUCCCCGUCUUCCGACCAGGGGGCGUUCAUAUACCCCAUUACCCACCAAACUACAUUCCUUAUGGUCACUAUUUUUCGCCAUUUUACGUCCAUCCUACGGCAAUCCAUCAAUUUUUGGGUAAUGGUGCGUUUCAUCAACAACCUCAGGCCAGCACUGUAUAUCCACCUCCCCCAGCUGUGGCAUCUCCGGCGGGAUUGAAAUAUCCUCCACAAUUCAAACCUGUAACAAAUGGAGCAAACCCAACUCACCUUGUAAUGCCAAAUGCUUUUGGAAUAUAUGGCUCCGCUCCAUCUGGUUACAAUCAUAAUUCUGCAACAACUGCGGGGAAUUCGAAUUCUAAUGAGGAUCUCGGUUCUUCUCAAUUCAAGGAAAGUAACGUAUACCUCAGCGGACAGCAGAGCGAAGGUUCAGCUGUGUGGGUGGCUGCACCUGGCCGAGACAUGACUAAUUUACCAACUACUUCAUUCUACAACCUUCCACCUCAGGGUCAGCAUGUGACUUUCGCACCUACUCAGCCUGGCCACACUUUCACGAACAUCUAUCACCCUGCACAAGCAGUGACAGCUGCAGCAGUCCAUCCGCUGUUGCAACAAUCUCAGACAAUGGCAGGAGCAGUCGAUAUGGUAGGACCCGGAGGAAAUGUUUAUCAACAACCUCAGCAUACACAGAUCAACUGGCCGAACAAUUAUUAGAUGAUUGAAUCCUAUAUAAGGAAAUUUUUUGGGAAAUUCGAAAAUAUAGUUGGAUUUCCGCGAGGAAAAAAAGAGUGGCAAUUUGCUACGUUUUGAGUGUAAAAAGCAGGAAAAUUUGCCAUUAUGAUCUUCUGAUUGGUUGGAUUGAGGACAUGAAAGGUAGGACACAUGUAACCAAUAUUGACCGUUAAAAAGUUAGAUGAGGUAGAAACAUAUGCAGGACUUCCCUUUUAUUUUUUUAUUUUUUUAAUCCUGCUAUUUUGCGUUUUAGCAUCAAUACCUUUUCAUAGUCCUUUCCUUUAUUGAGGUCCUUGAAUUCUAUUAAGAUUAUUGUUGAGUGAUGAGAAAUGUUCAUUCUUUGUUUUAGUUUUGGGGUUUUAUUAUAGGGUUUGGAAGGGUUUAGGUUGGUGGGGGAAGCUUUUCUAUUGCCCCUUGUGUAAAGUGAAUUUUGAUAGCUAAGAAAAUUAAUUUACUUAAGUUGUUGUUUUGCUAUGGGCAAAGUGAAAAA